AAAAUAAUUCCGGGAUAAGUACGUUCCAAGUUCUCGGAUAUUGUGGUUGCAAAAUUCAGUAUGCUCAAGAUCAGAACGUAUUUUCUGUAUGCAUUCAUUGCUUGGAAUCUGCGUGGAUGCCAAUCGGAGGACCAGGAUAAUGCCCGAUCUGUAUGCCUCCUUCAAGAUCCCCCAAAUCAGUGCGGGGAAUUCUGCCUUUCGGUACUGGAACCCCUCCUCGAUCACAUUGCCAAGCACCAGGAGCAAUGGAAUACCUCCGAUGCCCUCAAACUAAAUGACACCCAAGGAAAACUGGAUCGGAUACAGACCAGGAUAGAAGCUCAAACAAGUUCCUUGGAAAAAUCUUUGAAGAAAGUCCUGCCAGAGGACUUCAAGGAGAGACUGACCAGAAUGGAAGUUCACCAGUCGGACAUGCAGAAGUCAAUGGGAUUACUAUUAGAGGUCCAGACCAGACUGGAAAAGGAGCAGAAAUCCCAGCAGGUAACUCUUCGGAACAUCAUACCGGAGGACUUCGAGGAAAGGAUGACAUUGUUGCAGGAAACUCUUAAGAAAAUUCCAGAGGACUUGGAGAAGAGACUAGAAAAAAUGGAACAAAAUCAAAAAGACCUGCAAAACAGUGUGAAAAACGAACAGCAAGAGGUGCAGUUAAAAAUGGACAGUUUGCAAAGGUCCUUACAAGAAAUAGGCAAGAACAUUUCACAAGACUUCGAAGAGAGACUCGUUAGGAUUGAAGACCAGCAAAUUGCUAUGCUAAACAAGAUGGCCAAUGACAGAGCAGCACUUCAGGAAACGCUGUCCAGAAUUAAUACAAAAUUAUUCUUUCCCAAAUUCGAGCUCAUUGGUUCUAGAUACUUCUAUAUCGAUAGCGAUAGUAAAAAUUGGGUUGAUGCCGAAUCUAGCUGUCGCGAAAUGGGUGCCCAUUUAGCCUCCAUUAAGGACCAAGAGGAGAUGGAUGCCAUUAAAGUUAAACUCACCAACGAUCGUUACUGGCUGGGCAUCAGCGAUCGGGUAACUAAUGGAAAGUACUUAUCUGUGGCCUCCGGCAAGGAAGCCCCAUUUUUGAAGUGGGGACCAGGAGAACCCAACAACGUGGAAAACAAUGAGCACUGCGUUGAACUUCUUGAUGGUAGCGUAAUGAACGACAACAAAUGCUCCGACAAAUAUCAUUUCAUUUGUCAGUCGGACACUGAAUUUUAAUUAGUUACUUUAGUUAUUUGACUUUUGAAAGUAAACAAGAUGUUUAAUGACCUUUAAUUGUUGUUUUUUAAUGGAUUUUAUAUUAAACUUACCCAAAACACUC